AUGUCCACGUACUCAAACAUUAAGUCGACGACCAAGACCCGGCUGGGCUACACCCUGCUGCUGUUUGUGUGGGUAGCCGUCGCCGCCAUCCUCCGCGACUAUGCAGUGGAUACGCUGUCGGGACUGCCUGCCGUCGAUCUGGAGUGUGAUAAGUGCGUGGGUGUCCUCAUUGUCUAUCGUGUCUGCUUCAUGCUCUUUGUCUUUCAUGCCCUCAUUGGUGUGGCCAUGAUUGGAUACACAAAUCCCGAGGACGACAUCCGUAGAGCUCCGCACGACGGCUGGCUCAUCGCAAAGUUCCUCCUCCAGAUCGGCCUCUUUGUCCUCACCCUCUUCAUGCCCAACGCGAUGUUCAUUGGCUUUGCCCACUUUGCACGCAUCGCUUCCACCUUUUACAUCUUCAUCCAAGUCGUCAUGAUCAUCCUCUUCUCCUACUACUGGAACAUGACCGACGAGUCGCUCCCUCGGCUGGUCGCAGCCUCGCUGGCCAUGUACACCGCCGCGAUUGGGCUGGUCGGCGUCAUGUACGCCUUCUACGCCUCAAAGUCUGGAUGCGGGACCAACGUGGCCUGGAUCACCGUUACCCUGCUCCUCGCUAUCAUCCUCACCAUCCCGGUCUUCCGCAUCCCCUUUGCCACCCCGCUCACAUCGUCGCUCGUCUCGCUCUACCUCUGCUACCUCUGCUGGUCCGCCCUCCAGUCGCAGCCGCAGACCGCUUCGUGGCAGUGCAACACUCUCUUUGACUCGGAGGCCUCGGACAAGUGGAUCCAGUUCCUCGGCAUGAUGUUCACCCUCCUCGUCUGCGUCUACUCGGCCUUCCGCGCCGCCUCGCGCGAGGCCGACGACCCCUUUGACGAGAUCGAGAACGAGCACCUCGACUACACCCCACCGUACUUCCACCUGGUCUUUGCCCUUGCCGCCUGCUACGUUGCCAUGGUCCUUGCCAACUGGGAGAUCGGCGAGACGACCAAGGAGCUCGAGGUCGAUUCGUCAUGGGCCUCGUCCUGGAUCAAGAUCGCCUCGUCCUGGGUCACCGCCCUCAUCUACGGCUGGACGCUCAUCGCUCCGUACGUCACCAAUCGUGACUACUGGUGGGCUCCCGACUUUGACAAGCAGCGGAAGAUGGCUGCGAGUUCGAGCAGCUCUGGCGUGAAGCGGCGGUUUGAUGACAUGAAUGCGGAGAGCAUGUUCCCUGCCGCUGACAUUGUGGUGGGCAUGGACACGGGAGCCACGUCGGUGGCCGUCCCUGGUGCCGACUCGGACCUGCUGACCAUCACCCCGCUGGGUGCCGGAGGGGAGGUCGGUCGCUCCUGCCAUGUCAUCAAGUUCAAGGGCAAGACGGUUAUGCUCGAUUGCGGCGUCCAUCCCGCAUACACCGGCAUGGCGUCGUUGCCGUUCUUUGACGAGGUCGAGCUGGCCGAGGUCGACCUGCUGCUUGUCUCGCACUUUCAUCUCGACCACGCAGCGGCGCUGCCGUACCUUCUGUUUAAGACCGACUUUGCGGCGCCAGUGUACAUGACGCACGCAACCAAGGCUGUUUAUCGGGUCAUUCUGCAGGACUUUGUCAAGGUCUCCAACGUGGCGGUGGAGGAGAUGCUGUAUGAUCAGCAGGAUCUUGCGGCGUCGAUGCAGAAGAUCGAUACGCUCAACUACCACCAGCAGCUCGAGGUGGAGGGAAUCAAGUUCUGGGCGUACAACGCCGGGCACGUCCUCGGCGCGGCCAUGUUUAUGAUUGAGAUUGCCGGCGUCAAGAUCCUUUACACCGGCGACUACUCGCGGGUCGAGGACCGGCAUCUGAUGGCGGCCGAGGUGCCUGAUGACAAGCCCAACGUGCUCAUUGUCGAAGCCACGUACGGCCGGCAGAUCCAUGAGCCGCGCGAGACGCGCGAGAAGCGCUUCACCGGCGCCAUUUACAACGCUGUCCGCCGCGGCGGGCGUGUUCUUCUUCCGGUCUUUGCCCUCGGGCGCGCCCAGGAGUUGCUACUCAUCCUGGAAGAGUUUUGGGACUCGCACGCCGAGCUGGCCAACAUUCCUGUGUACUACACGUCGGCGCUGGCCUCGCAGUGCAUGAACAUCUACCAGACGUACAUCAACAUGAUGAAUGAGCGUAUCCGGGCCGUUCACCACGUCCGCAACCCGUUCCGGUUCAACCACAUCUCCAACCUGCGCUCCAUCCGCGACUUUGACGACGUCGGCCCGUCGGUCGUCAUGGCCACGCCCGGCAUGCUGCAGUCGGGCACCUCGCGCGAGCUGUUCGAGUCAUGGUGCUCGGACCGCCGCAACUGUGUCAUCCUUGCCGGCUACUGCGUCGAGGGCACUCUCGCCAAGGACAUCAUGUCCAUGCCGCCGACCAUCACCACCCUCUCGGGUCGCACCGUCCCACUCAGCAUGUCGGUCGAGUACAUCUCGUUCUCGGCCCACUCGGACUACGAAGGCACUCGCGACUUUGUGGCCCGCCUCAAGCCCGCCCACGUUGUCCUCGUUCACGGCGAUGCCAACCAGAUGCAGAAGCUGAAGGAAGGCCUCGACCGCGACCUGGCUGACCUCGAGCUUGAGAUCCUCACCCCGAAGAACUGCGACGUCGUUGAGCUUCACUUUUCCGGUGAAAAGGUGGCCAAGUCGGUCGGCCAGCUUGCUCGAAAGCGGCCCAAGGCCGGCCAGGCCGUCUCGGGCCUCAUUGUCCGCAAGGAUUUCAACCACCUCAUCAUGACCGGCGCUGACCUGCCCAACUACUCACACCUCACCACCGCGUCGAUCUCGCAGACGCUGGUCGUGCCUUUCGCCGGCACCUUUGCCCUCGCCGCACACUACCUCGCCUCGGUCUUUGAUCCCGUUGUGCUCGAGCUCGUCGAGCCCGGUGCAGCGACAGAGGUGGGAGCGCCCGAAGAGCUCCGGUCGCGGGUCGUUAUCCACUCGGCUGUCACUCUUGUCCACGACGCCGCCAAGGGCACCAUCACCGUCCAGUGGCCGUCGACCGCUGUCAACGACGCGCUUGCAGACGCCGUCGUCGCCGUCCUCGCAGGCAUCGCUGCAAACCCAUCGGCCAUCAAGCUCACGUCGGCCGCCGGCGCUCACUCGCACGGCGACGACGACCACGACCACGAGGCCCACGCUGCCGCCAUCGCCCAGCAGGAAAAGACCCUCUCCGCACGGCUCGACACGUACCAGACCCUCCUCGCUGACCGCUUUGGCGCCAUGACUGUCGACAUCGACGCUGCCCAGAUCUCCUUCCGCGUCCGCGACAUCGCAGUCACCGUCACCGUCUCAGCUUCGGCCACUGUCGCCUCCAAGGUCGAGUGCGAGGCACCCGAGGUCCGCAGCAUGGUCGAGAACGCGCUUGCCUUUAUGGACCCAGUCUUUGGCCGCCUCGGCCCGCGCAAGGUCGUCCACGUUGACGCGCUUGACGCCGACGCCGACCUCGCCGAGGACGCCGCCAACGACGACGACGACGACGACGACGAGGCGCUUCCAGAGCGCAUCGGUGAUGGCGGAAUUGGCUUUGACGACGGCGUCUCCGCCAUGGACCUUGUUCCUGCCCAGCCUGCCGACGCCGACGCCGACGCCGACGCCGACGCCGACGCCGAGCAGCCAGCCGAGCCCAUCGCCGCCGAGCCUACCCAGCUCACCAGCCAGGAGGACAUGGACGUCGCUGAGCCUACCGUGCCAGAGGCGCAGGGUGCAGAGGCGCAGGAGGCACAGCCAGCGGAGGAGGCACAGGACUACUCCAAGAUGCUUGUCCGCGAUCUCCGCGAGGAGUGCACCAAGCUUGGCCUCUCUGCACAGGGCCGCAAGGCUGCGCUGGUGGCUCGGCUGGAGGAGCACCAUGCCAGCCAGCAGUAGCACACAUCCAUCGCAUGCCGCAUUCUCGUAACAUGCCACACGCAUCGCCA